AAAAAAAAACAGAUAUAUUUACGUAUUUAUGGAUGUGUCCGUCAAGGUACAGCGUAUUCCUAUUCCACAGUUUCACUAAAUCCACUUGCUUGCAACAACCCUAAUCUUAUUGAAUCUUUCCACCACUAUGCCGAAUCCUAACAUGGAGCCUGUGCAGGUCGAAAGCCUUUCGAAACAACUUGCGGACUCUAAACUCACGCACUCUGAAAGCACUAUAGACAAUAAAAAGGCACCGGACCAGAAAGAUCAAGGCCACCGACGGGUGAGCUUACAGGUGGCCGACAGUACCGAGAGAGGUCGUAGCGAAUCCCCCAACUGGCGCGAUCGUCAACCGCAGCCAAGCAACCGGUCGCAGAGUCGCGGCCGCGCAGUGCGGAAUGAAGAAUAUACGACAACACGCAGUCCUUCCGGAAACUGGAGAGAGAGGGGCAGUUCACCUGGACAAGCACGUACGCAACAACCAACAAAUACACAAACGCGUAUGUCUCGCAAUACAAGUUACGGCCGCAACAGUAACGGUAGCAGCAAACGUAGACAGAGCAGAGACGGCAGCGCCUCAUGUAGAAAUAACAGCAGCACACGUAAAGAAGGCAACAAUACACACAGAGACAGCAGCAAUACCCGCAGAGACAGCAGCAGUACACGCAGAGAUUGUAGUCGCACUCGCCACGUGACGCUACUGGAGAAUCCUAAUCACCAUGAUAAUCGAGGUCGCUCCCUAAGCCCCGGGCGUGGAAAGAAAGAGUUGGCAUUCAAUAAUUGUCGAAAAGCGAUUGUGGAGAACAAAGGUGCUGACAAGGUUCGAGAGGAGAUAAAGAAGGGAGAUGUGACAGAUGUUAAUGAGUUGACAUUUUUCGGUCACUCCGGUAGCGACGGACAGACUCUUAUGAUGGUCAGCUGUAAGUAUGGACGUGAGGGCAUUGCGAAAGUGCUGCACGAGGAGCUGGGAGCAGAUUUAAACAUACAGGGAGGAUUGGGACGCUUCAAUUGUUUGCACUACGCCUGUUGGCACGGUCACCCCAAGCUGGUACAAUAUCUUCUUGAACAAGGCUGCGACUACUCAGCACUCAAUGCCGACGGUGAGACCCCUCGAGAGUCAGCGAAAGGGCGAGCCAAGCCGAAUAACAUGGAGUGUGUCGCUGUUAUAGAAGCAUGGGAGGCUAAGAAGGCGGAGAAGGAUAAAACAACUGAAGAGCCAGUGGACACCGCUGAUUCGCUGACGAGCGACAAUCCUAUUCAGGCCACCGCAUGAUAAGUAGCAUGUUGUGACCUGCUAUUGGCUCCCGUGUGAAUAUUUUAGAACAAAGUAAUAAGAGCGGAAUUGGUAUAUAAAUAAACGGUAAUAAAUCGGU